GUUCUUCAAUUCAAAGGUCAGUUUUUGUGUCACACAUAUCCAUCUUUCUAAUUUUCCUCUCAAACUACUAACACCAGAAACCAAACCAUUCAAUCUUAUUUUAUGGGAACUUCUUUAUAUUUUUCAGCUCUCUUUAUUUUCUGGGUUUUGUUUCUCUCUCCAUUUUGUACAUCGGAACAACCCCAAAUCACCACCGUUGAUGUACAUGCGGCUAAUAGUCUCCUCCGUUCAGGUCAUCGCUAUCUUGACGUCAGGACAGAAGAAGAAUUUAAGAGAGGACAUGUUGAUGUAGAGAACUGUUUGAACAUUCCCUACUUUUUGAGCAUUCAUGAAGGAAUGGUGAAAAAUUCCAAAUUUUUGGAGCAAGUUUCAUCAGUUUGCAGCAAGGAUGAUCAUAUAAUAGUGGGGUGUAAAAGUGGUGUCAGAUCCGCCUACGCAACCGCUGAUCUUAUUCAAGCAGGGUUCAAGCAUGUGAGCAACAUGGGAGGCGGAUAUGUUUCCUGGGUGGAGAAUGAGAUGUCUUUACAGAAACCUAAAGUAGAGUUAAUAAUGCAAAGAACAUAAAAUCUAGUAACUAUUACAAGGGCAGUGGGUCUUGUGCUUGUUGAAUUCGUGCAUGUGAGACUUUAGUAAUGGUGCACCGAUGCGCUGCUUGUCCUAGUGUUCGGAUGUCACUGAUAAUCCAACGUACCGAGAUAUGCAUAGUUUUUGGAUUCGGUAGAGAUCAUACAAGUAAUUUGAAAUCAGUCAUGUGUACAGAAAAUUGUAAGGAUAUUCUAGGCAUCUUUGAAAUAUUCUUGUUAUAUGCUUCCUUCUCUUCUUAGGAAAGAUAUUCUCUUUGAUUAUCUACCCUUUUAAAGACUCUUGUAAUAUAUAUUAUCUCUUGAUUUUAAUAAAAAACCCUAAGCUUGAUUGUGCCUCCUAUCA